AGACAAGUGUUUGUUGUCUGAUACAUUUAAAUCUGAAAUGACCGAAGCAGCACAAUACAUUUGCGGUUUUAAUGACGGAUGGAGGAUUUCUAAAAAGCAGAAUUGUGAGAAACUUGCAGGCAAACUCCAACACGGAUUAGAGACAAAAUGGAAAUUGAUUCACGUACACUCGAUAAAUGAUACCAUUAACAGUUUGGACAAGGCAAUUCAAGAUGCGUUAUAUCAGAUAUUUUGCAAAGGCAACAAAAAAAAUUAUAGGAUUAUAGACAACAUACUUCGUUGUGUUGAUUUAUGGAACAGACCGGAUAUUUCAGAGAAAGAAAUAUUUAAUAUAGAAAACAUCAACGUAGUGAAGACUCUACAGGCGAGCCUAGUUGAAGAGGAAAGCAAAUUAUCCAAACUAUUCAAAAAUGCAUUGGUAGGCAACAAAGUAGAUAUUGUCAAACAAGUGCUUGAGUAUAUCCAGGAUAAACGACUAUACAAGACCUUUUUAGAAAACAAUAUUAAGACGUUAUAUAAGAAAACGGACUGUAUUUCAAGAGAUUUGAUUUCGGAGCACUCCAAAUGCAUUGCAAGAAGUAUGAUAAAUGAGCAAGAAAAAAAUCAAAAAUCCAAGAACUUUGUGAAAAGUAUAAAUAUAGUUGUGAUAAAAAUACUUGGAAGUAGAAAAUGGAAGCCUUUUCAAGAAAAUAUGGAUAAUAAAGGUUGGGGAAAUACAGAAGAUACAUGUAACAUAUAUGAGGGAGAUGUUUUCAAGCAUUUGUUCAUCUGGGCAGUUCUUAUGGACCGGAGAGAGUUGGCAAUGUUGUUUUGGAAGAAAGAAAACAGUGAUUACAUAUGUUCUGCAUUAUACGCAAGUUCCCUUGCUAGAUGUCUUGCUGAACAUGCCAGCUGGGAAGAAUCCAUAGAUCAAAAGACAGAUUUGCUUGAAAGUUCUAGGUUAGUCAACUUGACAAAAAAGAAUGUUAAGUGA